UCCAUGUGACUUCUGAAACUUAAUGGAUUUUCAGGUUAUGGAUGUAAAGUGGGUUUCCAGGGAAUCUGAAUCUGGUCAAAUACUAUGUUACAACAGUAUCACUGGCGAGAUAAGAUGGCCGAAUGUCGAUAACAAGGAUGUUCAACUAUCUAUGGCCAUUGAUGACCAUGAGCUAGCYAAGAAAGACUUUGAAAGGAACUGYCAUGAACCGCAAGUCAUUCACAUCUCAAACAACAGCCUCUUGGUACAUUCAUCCUAUGAAGAAGUACAUGAUGGGUUGAACARCACUGAUCAUUACAACAAUAAUAACAACACAGGGUCAUCACUGAAAGAAAAACCCUCCAGUUUGAAGUACUUCAACUGUACCAAGUGUAGCAUGGUGUUCACUGCUGCAGCUUUUCUAGCAAAACAUAUCAAAAUAGACCAUGACUCACAGUCAGAACAAACAUGCAUUCAACAGCCUAGUAAACUUGACCUUUGUGAACCAGUGAACAAGAAGCAAAGAAAAGAACAAAGCAGACAUGAUACAACUAGUGAACAACAGCCAGUUCAAUGUGAUGCCUGUAACAAGCUCUUUGUUGAUGAAGCUGUUCUUGCAUGUCAUUUGAAAAUGCAUUYUCAUUCAARAAAGAAUAAUCAUAGUCAAAAAAGRAGGCAUACUAUCUCAAGUAAUCCCACAGCAUCCAAAUACUGUGAAAGCACUCAACUAGAACAUGGAAAACAGAAAUUUGAGUGUGAGCAAUGUAGACRACAGUUUUCAAGUAUGAACUCAUUAUCACAACAUCAACGAAGACAUGCUGCAAAGACACCAUUCAAGUGUUGUUAUUGUAGUAAGGUGUUUGUAUUUGCAGGYGACCUCACCAAACAUGUCCGUUCACACACUGGUGAAAAGCCAUUCCAGUGUAAUGAAUGUGACAAGAGGUUUUCAUUGUCUGGUAAUUUAAAGAARCACAUGAGURUUCACUCUGAUGAUAAACCAUUUGAAUGCCACCUUUGCAGUAAAAGCUUUAAACGGUCAUCRCACUUGAAAAGUCACAUCAAAUCACAUUCUGGAGAAAAGCCUUUCAAGUGUGAGUUGUGCAACAAGCASUUUACUCGAGAAUCAGGGCUGGUAGCCCAUAAUAGACUACACCAGGRGGAGAAACUAUUUCAAUGUCARGAAUGCUUUAAAUGUUUCCAUUUCAAUAGUGACUUAGUGAAACAUAAAAGAUCCCACACAGGGGAAAGGCCAUAUGUAUGCGAUUACUGUCACAAGGGCUUUUCCCAACCAGGCCAUUUAAAGGUUCAUCAUCGCUCACAUACUGGAGAUAAACCUUUCACAUGUUCAAUUUGCAAAAAGUCAUUUGCUAGCGCACAAUAUCUGGCCAAUCAYAGGCGUCUGCAUAGUGGUGAGAAGCCAUUUCAAUGCAGUCAGUGUGAUAAAAAGUUUGCUCAAAAAGGAAAUCUAUUAAAUCAUGAACGAAUUCAUUCUGACGCUCGACCUUAUAUAUGCAGUGACUGUGGUUUUGGCUUCAAAGAUCCAAGCAGUCUAGUCAAGCACAAGAAACUCCAUAACAACAUUCGGCCAUAUGUGUGCAAAUUGUGCGAAAAAACGUUCACUCGUGGAAGUCAUUUGAGAAUUCAUGAACAAAAGGUUCACAAGAAAAURAACACAGUCAGUGAAAGCAAACAAAUUUUUGAAUGAUCACAGUCCAUGCAGCCAUGGAUGACAGUAACUACAUGUAGGCAUAAAUCAAUAUCAUAAGUACUUUUUAACCCAAGGGCAGGUGGCUGCUGGAAGCUUUUUUGUACUUUCUAGUAUCUUACUGGUCGUCCCAACUGAUUAGGAAUACAUGUAUUUCCAAAUGAAAUUAACUUUCUAACAAAUUUCCUUACUGUUUAUAUGUGGGAAGCAUCCCAGGAAAUCYUUCGAACAUUUCUAUGAAUAACUAUUUGAAUGCUCAUUGAUAUUAAUUAUGUAUUUUUGGAAUUGGAAAGUUUCUCAUACAACCUCAUUCCCAGGCCCUUUAUCCCUUUGCUUGCGGUCCCAAAGAGAAGGGAUGAAGGGCCUGGRAAUGAGRUUUCUCAUAGAAAGCAAUAUAUUUUGUAUUCAAUAAAUUGAGCCAGUUGGUUUGAAAUUAGCAUGUGUUACAUCUGGCAUUUCUAUCUAAUUUAGAAAUUCCAGAUGUAACACAGGCUAGUUUGAAAUGGGUUUCACAACAUGUUUUGUACUAAAAACUUCUUUGUAAAUAAAGGCGUUUUUAUGUGUGGAUCCA